CUCAAUCAUUAUAACAUGGAAGCCUUCAUCUCAACAAGCAUAUUUUCGAUUUCCACAUGUUCCCCAACAUCGCCGACAUCCUCGAAUCCGCUCCCACUACAACCCUCACCUCAACACCAAUCACUCCUGCAUCUGAGAUCACUAUGGCGAGUGAUCCAAUAACGCACAUCGUACUCUUCAAAUACCGGCAAGAUAUAUCAUGGUCAGAUCUAGAAAGCCAUUUCAAGUCCUUCAUGUCACUACAGCAAAAAUCGCUAGACCCUCAUACUGGUAAACCCCUCAUACAGUCGCUCAAAGCUGGCAAGAACAGAUCAUGGGAGCCUUUCUCGAAGGGCAUGACACAUGGUUUCGUGCUCGAGUUUGCGAACCAAGCGGAUUUGGACUACUACCUCACAACCGAGCCUGUGCACAAGGCCUUCUCCCAGGCCGCGAAACCGCUUAUCGAGGACAGCUUAGUGAUUGAUAUCAAAGAUGGUGUGCUCUUUGGCUCACCGGCUGAACAUCCGUCAGCAAGAGAGGAUGGAGUAAGAAGGGGGACAUGUCAUUGCGAGAGCAUUCACUGGACAGCGAAGCUUGAGAAUGCUGAGCAUGUGCUUUGCCACUGCUCAACGUGUCAAAAGCUCGGUGGCGGUCCGUACUCAUGCAAUCAAAUCAUACCGAAAGAAGAACUGCAGAUCAUCUCAGGCGAAGAGAAUAUCAGACAAUAUCGUUACAAAGGCGCCAGCGGUAAAUUCGUGCGAUGCUAUUUUUGCAAGAUUUGCACGAGCCAUAUCUACCAUCAUCAGGAUGUCAUGCCGGAAAAGAUUAUUGUCCGUACUUUGUUACUGGAAGGUGGUGAGAAUAUGCCAGCAACUGCUGAGAUAUUUGGCGAGGGAAGGUUAGCCUGGGUACAAGAGCUUUCGAAGCAACUAUGAGCGGUGACUUGGUAAGGUGCAGAAGAGGAAAACUCUCAAGUGG